AUUUGUUAGACCGCAGAGGCAGUAUCUUCCUCUUUAUUUAUCGCACAUAAAGCAGAGCGAGUGGAAAACACUUUUUCAGGGACUGCGUUCAGGAAGAAACUAGAUAACAUUGUUACCUGGACAGAACUUGACGAUACGCAUUUUCCUUUGUACAUUUUGACACCGGUGUAAAAGUGAAGAUGCUGCGGCUUCCUGGAGCAGGGAUAACGCUAUUGCUCUGGAUGUUCAGCCGCAUCAGCAGCUUCAAUGCAGCUCUCCCAGCAUCCCCAAAGUGUGAUGAAGCCCUGGCCACGCCCCUUUCCCAGAAUGCAUUCACCAGCUCAUCCGUGUUCUCCAGCAGCUAUGCUCCAGUGUACGCCAAGCUGAACAAGAGAGGAGGUGCUGGAGGCUGGACACCUCUGGACAGUGACAAUUACCCAUGGCUGCAGGUGGAUUUAGGCAGCAGGAAGCAAAUAGCAGCCAUAGCAACACAAGGCAGGUAUAGCAGCUCUGAUUGGACGACACGAUACAGGCUCCUCUACAGUGACACAGGAAGAAACUGGAAACCAUACCACCAAGAUGGCAACAUCUGGGCAUUUCCAGGAAACUCCAACACAGAGAGCGUGGUACGACAUGACUUACAGCAUUCCAUCGUUGCUCGGUACCUGCGUAUUAUUCCUCUGGACUGGAGCGGAGAAGGGCGUAUUGGUCUGAGGAUAGAGAUCUAUGGCUGUCCUUAUUGGGCGGAUGUGAUAAACUUUGACGGCCAAGGGGUGAUCUCAUACCGCUUCAAAAUGAAGAAGAUGAAGAUUCUGAAGGACGUAAUUGCCCUGAAGUUUAAAACUUCAGAGAGCGAGGGUGUCAUCCUGCACGGAGAGGGACAGCAGGGAGACUAUAUCACCCUGGAGCUGAAGAGAGCCAAGCUGGUGCUGCAGAUAAACUUGGGCAGUAAUCAGUAUGGCUCCAUUCUUGGGCACACAUCAGUAACAAGCGGAAGCCUAUUGGAUGAUCAUCACUGGCACGCAGUGGUCAUCGAGCGCUACAGACGGAAUGUCAACUUCACCCUGGACAGGCACACACAGCACUUUCGCACAAAUGGAGAGUUUGACCAUCUUGACCUGGACUAUGAGCUCAGCUUUGGGGGAAUGCCUUACUCAGGGAAGCCAAGCUCAGGAGGCAGAAAAAACUUCAAAGGGUGCAUGGAGAGCAUCAACUACAAUGGUGAUAACAUCACUGACCUCGCCCGGAGAAAGAAGCUCGACACAUCAAGCUUUCGUAACCUGAGCUUCACCUGUGUGGAGUCCCACACGUUCCCUGUGUUCUUCAACGCCACCAGCUUCCUCCAGCUCCCCGGACAGAGGAACCAUGUCGUCGUGUCGGUCGGUUUCCAGUUCCGCACCUGGAACGCCAACGGACUGCUGCUCUUCAGCGCGCUCACCGACGGGAUGCUGGAGCUGGCGCUGAGCGAGGGAAAAGUCAGCGUGCACAUCAACGUCACGCAGAAGAAGAACACGCGGAUAGACAUAUCAUCUGGUUCUGGACUGAACGAUGGCCAGUGGCAUGAUGUGCGCUUUUUGGCCAAGGAGAAUUCUGCCAUGCUGACCAUUGAUGGAGACGAUGCUUCUGCAGUGCGGACCAAUACCCCCAUACAAAUUCAUACCGGUGGCGUGUACUACUUUGGAGGCUACUUCCUGCGCUCCAGCCCUGUGCCCACACAGCGCUCCUUUCAGGGCUGCAUGCAGCUGAUCCAUGUGGACGGACAGCUGGCCGACCUGCACGCCGUGGAGCAGGACAGGCUGGGGGCCUUUGAGAACGUCAGUCUAGACAUGUGCGCCAUCAUAGACAGGUGCAUGCCCAACCACUGUGAACAUGGCGGCAGGUGUGCCCAGAGCUGGGACAGCUUCAGCUGUGCGUGUGAUGGGACGGGCUACUCAGGAGCCACGUGCCACACCUCGGUUUAUGAACAGUCCUGUGAAGCAUACAAGCACCUGGGCAAAAUGUCAGAGACCUACUGGAUUGACCCAGACGGGAGUGGUCCCCUUGGUCCUUUCAGGGUCAACUGCAACAUGACAGAGGACAAGGUAUGGACCACGGUGAUGAACAACCUCCCUGCGCAGACGUCUGUGACCGGCUCCAGCAGAGAGAAGAGGACGGUUCUGCAGCUGAACUACAGCGCAUCCAUGGAGCAGGUGUCCGCCAUCACCAGCAGCGCGGAGCACUGCGAGCAGCACGUGGCCUACGCCUGCCGAACGUCCCGUCUGCUCAACACCCCCGAGGGAACCCCGUACACAUGGUGGGUUGGGAAGGGCAGCGAGAAGCACUUCUACUGGGGAGGCUCGGGGCCCGGGAUCCAGAAGUGUGCCUGUGGCAUUGAUCGCAACUGCACCGACCCCAAGUAUUACUGCAACUGUGACGCCGACCAGAAACAGUGGAGAGAGGAUUCUGGACUACUGCUGUAUAAAGACCACUUACCUGUCAACCAGGUGGCUGUAGGAGACACAAAUCGACCAGGCUCUGAAGCAAAGCUGACUGUCGGACCUUUACGCUGCCAAGGGGAUAGUAAUUACUGGAAUGCAGCGUCCUUCACCACACCCUCCUCCUACCUCCACUUCUCCACCUUCCAGGGAGAGACCAGCGCUGACAUUUCCUUCUACUUCAAGACCUCGGCCCCCUACGGCGUGUUCCUGGAGAACCUGGGCAACACGGACUUCAUCCGCUUGGAGCUGAAAUCGCCCACGGUGGUGAGCUUCUCUUUCGACGUGGGGAACGGACCGGUGGAGCUGAACGUGCGGUCACCCACGCCGCUCAGCGAUGACCAGUGGCACAGGGUGAGUGCAGAGCGCAACGUGAAGGAGGCCGUGCUGCAGCUGGACCAGCAGUACAAGGAGGUGCGGCCAGCUCCCCCGCAGGGACACACCCGCUUAGAGCUCUACAGCCAGCUUUACGUGGGUGCAGCAGGAGGACAGAGAGGCUUUCUGGGAUGCAUCCGUUCUCUUAAGAUGAAUGGCAUGACCCUUGACUUGGAAGAAAGAGCAAAGGUCACCCCUGGCGUGAAGCCAGGUUGCUCUGGGCACUGCACUAGCUAUGGGAUGUACUGUCGAAAUGGUGGCAAGUGCGUGGAGAAAUACAACGGAUACUCCUGUGACUGCACAUCCACGGCUUACGAUGGGGCUUUCUGCACUAAAGAUGUCGGUGGCUUCUUUGAGAUUGGGGCUCUGGUCAGGUACAACUUCAUGCCUGAGGCAGCACCAGCAGCAACAAAGGAGGGUAAGGGUCUCUCCCAGAACCUGGCCAUCGAGGCCAAUCUGACCCAGGAGGACCUGGCCUUCAGCUUCAGCACGUCCAACACACCCAGCAUCCUGGUCUACAUCAGCUCCAAGACCCAGGACUCCCUGGCCGUGGUCCUGCGCCACAACGGAACGCUGCAGAUCCGCUACAGCCUGGGCAGCCUGAGGGAGCCCUUCACCAUCGACGCCGACCAGCGCAACCUGGCCAACGGCCAGCCGCACAGCGUCAACAUCUCCCGCGUCCAGAGAAACAUCCGCGUGCAGCUGGACCACUAUCCUCCAGUGAACUACGCCCUUCCAGAUGCCUCAGACACCCAAUUUAACCUGAUCAAAACACUUUUCCUGGGAAAAGUCUAUGAAACGGGUCAUAUCGAUCCGGUCCUCAUCGAUAAGUACAACACGCCAGGCUUCGUGGGCUGUUUGUCACGGGUGCAGUUCAACGGCAUCGCCCCUCUGAAGGCCGCGCUUCGGUCACGCAUCCCAGCGCCCGUCUCCAUUAAAGGAAAACUGGUGGAGUCCAACUGCGGGGCCUCCCCCCUCACCAUCCCACCAAUGUCUGCUGCCACCGACCCCUGGCACCAGGACUCAGGUGCUGAGUACCCAUUUAAUGAGGAGAGGGUGAAACCAGAUGGUGUGAACAGGAACUCUGCAAUAAUCGGAGGUGUGAUUGCCGUGGUUAUUUUCACCAUCCUCUGCACGCUGGUGUUCCUGAUUCGCUACAUGUUCCGUCACAAGGGCACCUACCACACCAAUGAGGCCAAGGGGGCGGAGUCUGGGGACAACGCGGAUGCCGCCAUCAUAGGCACCGACCCCAACUUUACAGAGACCAUCGACGAGAGCAAGAAGGAGUGGUUCAUCUAAUGAGACAAUGUCAGAGAGGGGCGGGGCUGGGGAGGGGGUGGGGCGUGUACAAAUCUCUGCACAGUUUGAGUCCGUUUCUGAAGAUCAGCACAAGCCGGAACACUGGGGAAUGGUGAGAUGUGCCCAGUGAUGAACUAUGUAUUGUGGCUGGCUUGUCUCUAACAGUAUAUUGUGUUUGGGAGCUUGAGGACUCAUUUGCAUAUUUAAUCCGAAUGAAUUAUGUGGAAGCACAACAUUAUUGUCUUUAAUUUCUUUCAGUUGAGGCCCUGAACUUAUCCUGAAUUAUCUGCUCUGCAAUUGCUACAAUAUUGUUUGUUUACAUCGUAAUAGACUAGGAACACUUAUAUCCAGUCCCUUAACCUUCUAAAUGAACUUCAGUAUAUAGAGUAUUUCAGAAACAUGUAUGCCAAAUGCCCUGUGUAAAUAUUUUGGAUUAAAUCAUGAUACAAGUAUAAAUAUAGAGUUUUACUGAGCUAAUGAUGACAUUGGAUUGUAUCUACAGGGGUAAGUCAGUCAAUACUUAGCAUACGGCGGAAUGCUACUAAGACAUGGCAAACCCGUGUUUGUCAGCACCUCAGUACAGAUUUGUCUGCUGAAAAACCGCCAUUUGUAAUGUUAACCAGUUAUGUUUGUUAUAAGUUGCCAAUCAGUCCAUUCCUAUGUUUUUGUUUUGUUUUUUGUUGACAAUUUGCAUUUUGUGGCUUUGAGAGGCAAUUCUAGCAGAGGUAAAACUCAUACUUGAGUUGGUUGAGGUGGUACUGUGGAACACGGAAGGCAUAUGCAGGUUCUGCACUGUGUCCGUCAUGAGAGGGAGAGAGUGAUGACAAUAUCCUAUUCCGUUAACUGGCUUAAUCCACAGUGCCUUCAGGAUUCAGCCACUUAGCCUUCAGUUUAUGUGAUUUUACACUGUACAGAUAUCAGGGGGAGGGGGAGACACACAGGAGU